AAAAUAUAAAACGGCUUUUGAGCCAACGUAUUGCGUAUUUGGCGUUGCGCGUUGAACAAUGGUUGCGGCUGCUGCCGACGUGCCAAUUACAACAACAACAUCAACAGCAACAAGAACAACAAUAGGCAGCAACGACGACGCAACAGCAGCGACGUCGACGCCAGCAGAGACGUCGCCGACAACGACGACGACGACGAGCAGCAGCAACGUUGAAAUUGCCGCAUUAACGGCAGCAAGUGCCAGCGGUUCACAAGCAGCGACCUCUAAUCUAAAUAAUAAUAAUAACAACAACCACGACGACGACAACAACAGCAGCAAUCAUAUUGAUAACAGCAGCAGCACCAACAGCAAUAACAACAACAACAUGUCCGAUGCAAGCGAUGCCGCCAAAACGACAACAACAACAGCAGCAGCAACAGUUGCAGCCACAGCAGCAGCAGGAGCAACAGCAACUUCAAAAAGCGCCGUUAGCCAACGCAAUGUGGACAUUAAAAUCGAGAAGACAAGCAACAUGGAGGCGGCCACACAGCAGCUGACCAAAAAGGUGCUCAAACUCGAUCUUGGCGGCAAAAACUUGGAUGAAUACUCGCUCAAGUCGCCAAAGUCACCAAUUGCAGCACGCUUGCCGCAUCAAACAUCAUUGACGUCAUCGGUGGACGUUGAGGAUCGGAAAACAUUACGAGAGGCCUUAUAUCAGGGUAUAUUCCAUCGACAUCGCCGCACCAUCUUCGCUGUGGGCAGCUUUCUGCGUAUGCUACGGAGUCGCAACUCUCAAUACAAUACCAUACGCAGCUCAUCGGAGGGUGAGGAUAUCGAUGAGUUUCUCAAGAUGCGUAAAUUACUCAAGUUUCCACAUCUAUUCGAUCGCUGAGAUGCAAAUCGCUAUGCGACAUUUACUACUACUAUAUAUAUUCUUAUAUAUUAUAUAUAUAAUAUGUGUUACAACUGAAAUAUAAUAAACUUUGCGAGAUUAGG